UACUCUUCCAGAACCCUCUAACCCCUCCCAGAAAUUAAUAGAAAAACAAAAUAAAAUAACUCUCUCUCUCUAUCUCUAUCUCUCUCUCCCUCUCAUUAUUGUACACAAGAAGCUACUACAGUACUACUACAACCAUGGAUCCUCCCAUGCAGCGAACAUCAUCAUCAUCCGGAGCGCGAAUCCUAAAGCUCCACCUCCGCCGGGCCGAGGCGGCGGAGGAGGAGGAGGCGGCGGCGGCCGAGGCGGUGUGGGUCCGGGCCGAGGAGUUGGUGGACCUGGGCCUGGUGGGCCGGGCCUUGGGCCUGGAUCCGGCGACGGUGCGGCUCAACGGCUACUUCCUGAGCCGCGGGAGCGAGACCCACGCGUCCUCGUCCCUGACGUGGGGCUCCCUCCUCUCCUUCUUCGCCGCGCGCGCCCUCCCCUGCGGCGCCUCCCCCGCCGCCCCCCUCGCCGUCCACGGCAAAACCCUAAACCCUAGAGCCCCCGCAUCACCAGAUGCUGGAAAUCACUCCGUAUGUUUCAAGCGGAUGGGCGCGCUACAAGAUGACGAAAGCCCUCUCAAGAAGAACAGGAUCGCCGAAAGCAGCUCAGUCGACGACGACUGCGACGACGGCAUCCUCUGUAUGAAGAGAAGACUUUGCUUGGAUGACAGCCACCGCCCUCCCAAGAAGCCGAAGACUGCAGAAUUCUGCAGCUCGGGUUCCGCAGCCGUCGGCAAAGCAUUGUUUUCCUACAGCUGCAUCGACGAACACGGAAAGAAGAAGAAGCGGCCGAGGGAAGAGGAGAUGUUGGUCUCCUCAAUCUCUCACAAACGAGUUAGAUAGAUAGUGUGAUCUUGUUUGUGGUGUAGUGCUGCAUCUAUAUAUAUAUGUUUAUGUAUAUGUGAGAUGGCUCCUACAUACCGAUCAACGGUUGCGCAAUGCGCAACAAGGAUGAGCGGGAUUCUGAUGCAAAUGUGCGCUUCUACAGGGCCUUGAAUUGUGUAUCAUCAGUUUUGAAAGGUGGUGUUAUGAAGAACAUGUGUGGUUCUGAAAUUGGAGUCAGGCUUGUAAGUGCCAAUCUCGUGUCUCAUUUGUGAUUUACAAUAUAUAUAGAUUGAUCAUGAGCAGUUCGACCGCGGAGUUUGAAAUCAAA